UCACUUGUGCUCGUUCUCUUCUUCCUCUUCUUCUUCUUGGUACGAAAAUGGAGAGUUAAGUGUUAGUAAUCGUUCAUCUCAGAGACGCAUUUCGAUUUUCUUGAAAUUUCUAUGGCGGAGACGAUAAGAGAUCGGUCACAGAUCGAUAUUAAGCCUCAAGAACCUCCUCCUCCUCUUCCCUCCGUCUCCUUUGAUUUCCCAGAUGAUGAAUUGCAAGAACAGAGGACUCUGUUGUUUAGAUCUCGCUCACAGAGGAAGGAGAAUACCUGGGUCAUUUCCCUUUUUGUGUUUCUCCACAUUGUGGCCUUUGCUGCAACAAUGUUCGUUAAUAAUUGCUGGACCAAUUCUAAUGGCGAUUGUGUGCUGGAAUUCCUGGGAAGGUUCUCAUUUCAACCCCUGUACGAGAAUCCCGUCCUUGGGCCAUCCUCGUCCACGUUGGAUGCAAUGGGGGCUAUUCGGCGGGCACUGCUGAUUCAACAGCAUCAAACAUGGCGUCUUGUUACAUGCCUUUUGUUGCAUGCAGGGGCUAUCCACUUUAUCAUCAACCUUUCAUGUAUUCUCUUAAUCGGCAUUCGCUUAGAGCAGGAGUUUGGACCAUUGAGGACUGGGAUAAUCUACACAUUCUCUGCUGUCCUUGGUGGUCUGGCCUCUGCACUCUUUGUCCAGAACAGCCCAGCUGUUGGUUCCUCUUCUGCUCUCUUUGGGUUACUUGGUGCGAUGCUUUCUGGGAUUAUUCGGAACUGGAAAGUUUACAGUGAUAAGGUUGUGGCACUGGUGUCACUUUUUAUUAUUACAACUGGCAAUCUAAUUCUUGGUUUGCUACCACAUAUUGACAAUUUUUCAAAUAUUGGAGGACUUUUAUCUGGGUUUCUUCUCGGGUUUGUGCUUCUAUUCAAUCCUCAGCUUGGGCAAGUGGCUCAAACUAAACAAGGCCUGUUUGAGUAUAAGGUCAAAAGUUCUGUUAAAUUCAAAGACAAAGUGGACAAACCUGCGCAGAGGACUCUCUCUCUUGUUCUCUUUGCUCUUCUCUUCACAGGAAGUCUUCUGGCCGUCCUUCAUGCUGCAGAUGCGAAUAAGUACUGCAGUUGGUGUCAUUAUGUUGAUUGUGUCCCCUCUAGAUGGUGGAGCUGCAAUGUAAAACCAAGCUCUUGUGAGGUCCUAGUUAGUCCGGGGCGAUUGACAUUUACCUGUAAAAGUAAUGAUCACUUUCGAGUUUACCCUUUCACAAACAUCUCUCGAGAAAGAAUGGAAGACUUGUGCAGUCUGAUCUGUACCUAAGAAAGUGUCAUAGUAAGCGCACGGUAAUUGGCAUUUACCUGUGGAGGUAAUAACAACUUUUAAGUUUGCCCUAUCAUCAAUAUCUCAUGAACGGAUAGAGGACCUGUGCAGUCAGAUUUGUGCCUAAGCUUUCACCAUUAAUCUGUCAAGUUUUGUUGAGAAACUGUAUGGAUGUUCAAGUUUUCACAUCAUUUGUGGAGCAUUCAUUGAACAUGUAUAAUAAGCCUUGGAUACUGUAAGUUGUACUUGUUUCCAAUGAGCACAAACUGCAAAUGAAAGAAAUGAUUCUUAUAUGCAAAAUCAUCCACCGGUUGAUUUUCCUA